AGAACACCUCAUUGAUUGCUGUGCCGGUAAAAAGUUUUAGGACGCCGUAGAAUCCACCCAUCCGACGGGCAAAAUGACGAAAUCUAUCCCGUGGCGCGUCGGCGUCAUCGUACUGCUCGUUGGUGCGUGCGUGAACGCCGCAAUCGACAUGGAGAUCGAAAAUAAAGCCGUCGAUCGGACGAUAGAUCUGACUUCUCAGUUGGUGAAAAUUUCCUACAAAAUCACGCUGGAGCACAAAUCGAAAAAGGCCAUCAGCAGCUAUCUGUUCGUUGUGCCCGAAGCAGAUCGCGAACGGUUGGCCUUUAUUUCAGCUAAGGAUUCGGCCAAAAAGGAGUUGAAGCUUACCGAAACCAGCACUCCGAAGGGAGUGACGUUUAGCAUGACUCUGCCAGCCGGUUCGUCGAACCCGGUCGUGUACAUCGAGACGGUGUUCUCGCGCUCACUCAAACCCUUCCCCUCGGCGAUCGGACAAAGUGACCGGCAGCUGGUGCAGUACUUCGGGAACGUCUAUUUCUACUCCCCGUACCCUACGGUAACGCAGAAAACCACCGUUCACUUGAGUUCGCGCAAUGUCGAAAGCUACACCCAAUUCAAGCCUAGCUCGCAGGCCGACAGUACGAUUACCUAUGGAGCGUACGAUAACGUACCAGCAUUCGCCCACGAACCCAUGACCAUCCACUUCGAAAACUACACUCCGUUCCUGACGGUGACCCGCCUGGAGCGCACCAUCGAAGUAUCGCACUGGGGUAACAUUGCCGUCGAGGAGACGAUCGACAUCGUGCACUCGGGCGCGGAGCUGAAGGGACCGUUCUCUCGCUACGACUACCAAAAGGAUUCCCGUUCCAACCAGCCAAGCGUAAAGUCGUACAAAACGCUACUGCCUGCCUCGGCCACCGGUGUCUACUACCGUGAUACGAACGGAAACAUUUCUACCUCCGCGCUCCGUACGCUGAAGGAUGCGGUUGAGCUUGACCUGCGCCCACGAUUCCCCCUGUUCGGUGGCUGGAGAACGCACUACACCCUGGGCUACAACGUGCCGAGCUUCGAGUAUCUGUUCCAAAAUGGGGACAACUUCCUGCUGAAGAUGCGCGUCAUCGAUCACAUCUUCGACGACAUGGUGAUCGACGAGGUGCAGACUAAGAUCAUCCUGCCGGAGGGAUCCACCAACGUGAAGCUGAUCGCACCAUACUCGGUCCAGCGGAAUCCGGACUCGCUGCACUACACCUACCUCGACACGUUCGGACGUCCGGUGGUUUCGUUCAGCAAGCGCAAUCUGGUCGAAAAUCAUAUCAACGAUUUUAAUCUCAAGUACAACUUCUCCCGCGUCAUGAUGCUGCAAGAACCGUUGCUGGUCGUCGGGUUCCUUUGGGUGCUGUUUGUCUUCGUGAUCGUCUGGAUGCGGCUAGACUUUUCCAUCAUCAAGGAGAAGGAACCACAUCAGCACAAGGAAUAGAAAUCGUGUCCAUUCUGGCGAUUACUUUUUAUGUGCACUACUCUUUUGCUCUUAUUCCACAUAAAACACUAGCAAUGUGCACCUUUUCCUGUGGACGUGGUUCUCAGUUGAGUCUUUUUUUUCGAUUCGAAUGUUAAUCCUAAUUCAAACAUCCAUCCCUUCAUCUGGGCACAUAUGACGUAAGAAUGUUAUCGUCAAUACCAAGAUCAAUCCCAUGUGUUAGCUGAAACCAUUAUUGUUUCAUCGGACCGAUAUUCCAACUUCUAGAGGGUAAUAAAUCAGUUGUGCCGCCACAAACAAUGUCUGAACAAAGUAGAUGAAUAAACAAAAAGUUUAA